AUGUCAUUAUUCGACAGCACGCACAAUAAAAUCAAAACCUACUCCAUCGGCGCUGUCACCGCUGCGAUCAUUUGUAUCACUGCCUCUGCCGUCGCUGCCUCCUCAGCCGCUGCUGCCACUGUCACCACUGCCGCUGUCGCCGCCGCUGCUGCCGCUACCACUGCCGCUGUCGCCGCCGCUGCCACUGUCGCCGCUGCUGUUGUUGCCGCUGCUGCCGCUACCACUGACGCCGCCAUCGCUUCUGUUACUGCCGCUGCUGCCGCUACCACUGCCGCUGCCACCGCUUCUGUUACCGCCGCUGCUGCCGUUACCACUGCCGCCUCCACCGCUUCUGUUACCGCCGCUGCUGCCGCUACCACUGCCGCCGCCACCGCUUCUGUUACCUCCGGUGCUGCCGCUACCGCCUCUGCCAUCUUUGUCACUGCUACGGCCGCUGCCGCCCCUGUUAUCGCUGUCAGCAUUACUGCAGCUGCCGCCACUAUUGCCUUAGCUGCAAUUUCCACGGCUACCAACGCCACUACCGCCGCUGCUACUGCUAUCGUUACUAUCGCCGCUGCUAGUGCUAGCGUCGCUAUCGCUACCUUCGCUGUCGCCACUAAAGCCACCGCCAAUGCACCGCUGCUAUGGUCGUUAAUCCUGAUACUUCUCCCCCCCCCUCUGCUGCUAUCAUGA